AUGAAAAUGUUAGUGAGACUCAUUCUGGGACUUGUCAUCUUUGAUGCUGCUGCGACUGCCCCAACUCUAGAGUCCAUCAACUAUGACUCAGAAACGUACGAUGCCGCCUUAGAAGACCUGGAUAACUUACACGGCUAUGAGAACAUACCAGUGGGUCAAGCGAAGAUUCAAAAAGCGACAGUGAUGCCUUCGGAGAACAGAGAGCUCCUCACCCCGCCCCCACAGCCAGAGGAGGCUGAAGAGGAGGAGGAGGAGUCCACCCCUAGGCUGAUCGAUGGCUCUUCCCCUCAGGAGCCGGAAUUCACAGGGGUUCUGGGCCCACACACCAAUGAAGACUUUCCAACCUGCCUUCUGUGUACUUGUAUAAGUACCACCGUGUACUGUGAUGACCAUGAACUUGAUGCUAUUCCUCCGCUGCCCAAGAGCACUGCUUAUUUCUAUUCCCGCUUUAACAGAAUUAAAAAGAUCAACAAAAAUGAUUUUGCAAGCCUAAAUGAUCUAAGAAGGAUUGAUUUGACAUCCAAUGUGAUAUCUGAGAUUGAUGAAGAUGCGUUCAGAAAGCUGCCUCAACUCCGGGAGCUUGUCCUCCGUGACAACAAAAUCAGGCAGCUCCCAGAACUGCCGACCACUUUGACAUUUAUUGAUAUUAGCAACAAUAGACUUGGAAGGAAAGGAAUAAAACAGGAAGCAUUUAAAGAUAUGUAUGAUCUCCAUCAUCUCUACCUCACCGAUAACAACUUGGACCACAUCCCUCUGCCACUCCCAGAAAAUCUGCGGGCCCUUCAUCUCCAGAAUAACAACAUUCUGGAGAUGCACGAAGAUACCUUUUGCAAUGUUAAAAAUUUGACAUAUAUUCGUAAGGCACUUGAGGAUAUUCGACUGGAUGGGAACCCUAUCAAUCUCAGCAAAACUCCUCAAGCUUAUAUGUGCCUACCUCGUUUGCCUAUUGGGAGUUUGGUCUAAUUUCAGAUAGCAGUUAGA